AAAGGACAGGGAGGAUGAUAUAGAAUGUGUAGCACGUGUUACUAUUACAGUUCAUUCUGGUAAAUUAUACUCACGAAAUACAGAUUGUAUAACCGAAUCGAGUCUUUUUGACAAACAAACAAUCAUGAGUUUGUCGAGAUUGAGUUGAUAUCAUAAAGCAACCAAAACGAAGUUAACAAGAAAACUGUCUUGAGGCCAGCGGACUGCUUUACCCAAGAAGGCAAGAACAAUGGUUGUCACAAUUCGUAAAUUUAUUGCCUUAAAUUGCGCCAGCCUAUCGAGCAGGAAAGCCUUACAUCUCACUUUUGACUUUGCCUCUAUUUAUGGUGCAUCAAAAGCAAACAAUGGGACGUGCCUUAUCUUGCCGGGAGCUAAUAAACACACCCACCAUUCUUACUUACAAUCAGAGAGAAAUAAGGUAGUUUACUUGUCCUCACGGUUCAACAGUACAAGUAAAGGCAAAAUCGUCGGAAAGUUUCGUGAGAUAAGAAUUCUUUUGCGCGAGUUUUUCUUGGGUGGAAAGAGUUUGUACGAAGAUGUCAAAAUAACUUUGAAAGUUCAAAGAAAGUUGCGUACAAAUAGUUGGGACUAUACUUCCUUGGAAAGAAAAGAAUUGUCAAAAAUGAUCGAGACUCGAAAAAAUCUAAAAAAGACUUUGCCAAUAGUAGUGUUAUCACUAAUUCCAAUCAUUGGUUAUCUUGGUCCUCUCAUUGGAUUUAUGAGGCCUCGACAAUUUCUCUCAAGUCAUUUCUGGACAGAAAAGCAAAAAGAGAAAUAUCUUGUAAUUGAUGCGGAGGAGAGGAAAAUGUGCCGGACAAAGAUCUUGAAAAUCUUAAAGGAUAAAUGUAAAGAACACCAAGAAUUUGGGGAAUCAAUUGAUGAAAAUGCUAUCAACAGUUCACUACUUGAAAAAAACUUCUUCGUAUUUUCUAGAGGAAAAUUUACCCUUCAGAAUCUUGAUCGAGGGCAUUUGAAACUUCUUUGCACAUUUUUUCUCAUGAGGAGUUGGUGGCCUACAUUUAUGCUGCGGAAAAAUCUUGCAAAGGAAAUGUGGUUAUUGCAUUUAGAUGACAUUGCUUUGACUCGGGAAGGAAUUGAAAAUCUUAAUAAGGAAGAGAUUGAUAAGGCAUGUCAUGCACGAGGGCUAGAUGCAACAAAAUUUUCAAAUGGUGAUUCAAAAACUUGGCUUUUAUCUUGGCUUAAAUUAACAAAGAAUGUUUCGGAAUUGGAGACAUCGUAUCUUGCUCAUCUUGCUGUUUUUUGACUGUUAGAAAUGCUUAACUAGAGCCCAAUACCCAUUGACUUUCAUUUCAUAUAAUGUCUAGCAAAACUUUUUUGAUUUACAUAAACCUCGUCCUGGCCUGGAACUAGUUGAAUUCACUCAGGGGAAAACCCGCGACGUAAUUAUAGAAGUUAUGGAAUCCUUUACGUGACAAAAUGUUUCAUAAAAUCUCAUCAAUAAUUUUUAAAUAACAAACAAUUGAUGAACAAGUACAAACUUUUAAUUGUAUGGAUAAUUUCUGUUUUUAAAUGUGCAAUUUUA